UCAGGAACCUUUGGUGGAGUGGUCAGGACGUCUAAAGAAAACUACAAUUCCCACAACCCCAAGCUUAGAGGUACAUGAAGGAGCACACCCGGGUCAGUCUGAGAUUGAGCGACGUGCGUGUGUGGUGGACAGAAGCUCGCUGUUUUCUCUUUAAUUUCCUUUCUUCUUGAGUGUCGCAGUGAUGUAGAUAAAGAAGAUAUUCUUGAUCCCUCCAUGAGACGCGUGACCGGCCUCCGUCCCUGCGGGCUUCGGCGUGAAGACUGUGAGUGUCUCUGCAUGAUAAUAACAACACUUUCAUACCGUGUGUUUGAUAUCAGCAUUAAACCAUUGUGUGUGCGAAAGGUGGGGGAAGGAUGUGGCAGAGUGUUGGCUUGACCGUGUUGGUGAUUGUGGCCACGCUGAUAUGUGUCCUCCUCUUCAUGCUCUUUGGGUGGUAUGUGGUGUGGCAGCUCUUCCUGUCGAAGUUUAAGUUCCUGCGGGAGUUGGUGGGUGACACCGGUUCACCGCAAACCGAAACCGAGCCCUCCGAGAGCGAAUGCAGCUCGCCCCUGACGCCCCGCCACCGACCCAAGACCUCACGUCAAAGGAUCAUCCCUCCAGACAGCACUACAUAGAGCCCUGAAACAAGAUUUCCUAAUUUCUCCUCUUCUUAAUAACCGUUUUCCAUAUUUAUUCCACACUGGACGUGAGGUCAUUUCCUGCGACCUACGCCCUGCUCAUGUGUUACAGUCCUGCAUUAAUCACUGUGCUCUCUUCCGCAUCCACUCAGUUGUCAUGGCUAAACUGGUUCUCCUUGCCUCCCCUCUUUUCUGCUAUCUUACGGAGCUGGGAAACCCAUUAAGAAGUCACUUUACGUCAAGUUUUGGGGUGUGAACUGAACAAACAUGUAAAUUCCAGCUCAGCCAAAAGAUUGCAUCCCGAAUAACACGCUGCUAACUCCGGCCUGUGUAACUGCGUGGAUGUGUAAAUGUAUUUGCGUGAGAGCGUCACAAUUUGUAUGUUACUGUUAACUUUAAGCGAUCUUUUAAAAUCUAAUGAAUCAAGUAAACAAUCUGAUUUACAGCUGACAACCAAACAUACAGCAUUUCCGUGGGCAAAUAUCACUACUAUUCAAACUGACAAUUUAUCCAAUAAGUGCAAUGAAAACUUUCCCUAUGAAGUGAAAAUGACACAAUAAGCAAACAUUUUAACAGGGCCUUAUUUUAAUCAACCCAUAUGAUGUUAAAAAAAUAGGAGGAUGUUGAUGAAAUAAAAUUUGCUUAAUGAAGGCCAUCAUGGAUUGCCUUCCUCCCUUGUGCCUCUGGCUUGGAUUGAAGUCGCCCACAUUUUAACUGAUCUCUAAUACGCCUGUUAUUGUCAGCUUUAUUAAAGUGAUAGAGCUAGAAAUGCCACAGCCCGACCCUGCCUGAGAUCUGCCUGUUUGCAUCCACAGCUGUUCAUAUAUAUUAGUUUGUCAAGUUCUAAGAAAUGCAGUUGCAGAACUGUAGAUGGUCAGAUUUCCAUGAUACGUUAAAUGUAUUAUUUCUUUUGUCAUUUUAUGAUAAUAGAUGUUUUCCCUUCAUAAUAAAUAUAUUUCACGAACAACUGUGUUUUUGUGAUUUGUAUUUUGCUUUUCCUUGUAUUUCCCCCACAACUGUUUGUUAAAUACAUCCUCAUUUCUGUAAGCAGGUCAACAUUUUAAGCUGAUGAUUCUGACACAUUUUGUAUUAAAGGAAUAA